ACUACUGUGUGGGAGCAAAACAGGUUACCUUAGGUUUGAAACUCGCCAAGACUGAGGUGAAGUCACCAGACGGUGUUUUAGUAUAGAUAUCUUUAAAAGUAAACACUAUAUUACAGGAGGUUACAGAUGUCUAAAGGGACUGACUGGGAAUCGGUGAUGCAACGUUUUCGUGAGGACAGCCAAUUCAUGCAAUUCCAUGAGGCGAUGGUGGAUUUAAUAAGUGGGCGUGCUGCCGGAUAUAACUCAUUAGAUCCCUUUAAUCAGGGAAUCCUUGUUCCAGGCUUUCUCAAUAUAGCCACUGUCUAUGAUGAGGAGGACGAGUAUUCAGAUGACGACAGUGAUUAUGAAGAUCAUAAGCAUAAAAAAGAAUAUUGUGGGUUCUCAAAGAAUUUCUUAGACCCUGCCCCGACGAGGUCUAGGAGUCCGCACCCGACCCAACAACCUUACAAAUCACAAAUUACAGAAUUUAUGUGUAAGGAGGCAGAAAAGAAUGCCAAAGAAUUAGUAGAAGAGGAAGAGAGGCGUAAAGAGAAAGCAGAGAAGAAAAGGCUUAAGAAAAUGGAGAAUGCAGUUAAAAAUAAAGAUGGACUAGACAACACUGAAUCAGAGAAGUCUGUUAAGUCCCAAAGCUCCAGUAGUGAAGGUGAAAAUAUUAGGAGUGGAAAGGAGGGUGCUGAUAGACCUCCUGAUACUGGCCCAGGUGAGGCCCGAGAGAAGUCACCAGACGCACUCUUGCCUGUAGAGAGUGCGGUCAACAGCAACGAGGAGGACAGCGAAGAGGAAAGCGCUGCCAGUGAACCUGAGGAGCUGGACAUGAACAGCUGCUUUGUUUCCAAAGCUGCCAUGAUAGCGAAGCGUAAAUUAGAGGUCAAGGUCAAAGCGGAGAAAAAGGAGGAGGAGAAGAAAAGGGGCUUUAGAAAACAGCAGCAAGAGGACGGGCAAGAGAGGCAGGAGGAUCAGCAGAAUGCUGAUGUGCCCCGCGUUGAGGAUGUUGUAAUGAGAAGCAUGGAACUAGCAGUUAUUGGAAAUCAGUUAGCAGCUACUGGACGCUAUGAGAUGGCUGUGAAGUAUUUUACUGAUGCAAUCAAGUAUAACCCUAAAGAGUUUCGUCUGUUUGGCAACCGCUCCUUCUGCUAUGAGAGGAUGCAGCAGUACGAGAAGUCCCUCAUCGAUGCAGAUAUCACCCUCACCAUGCGCCCCGGAUGGAUCAAAGGCCUGUACAGGAGGGGAAGGGCCCUCGCUGGGCUGAAGAGAUACUGCGAAGCGGCGCUGGCCUUUAAGGAGGUCCUAAAGCUGGACAGCUCUUGCACUGAUGCUGCCCAGGAGCUGAUGCGCGUGCAGAUCAUGCAGCUCAUGGAAAUGGGUUUCUCGCGAGAGCAAAGCUCAAAUGCACUGAUAAUCCAUGGAACGGUAGAGAAAGCGCUAGAGGCCUUCUCUAAUUUCCAGGACGGGCAGUUUGGCACGAGCACGCUCCCUGCAGCAAGAGCCGUCCAACCAGCCGAGGAAGAAUGGAGCGUUGCCGGGCAGAAGGCCCAUUCCACAGUCAGCGCGGCGCCCCAGCCGAAACCCAAACCCCGCCCCGCCCCCCUAGCGAAGCCCAACCCUGCCAAACCUCAGCGGCAACUAGAGCUGUUCCCUAUCUGGGUGGGAAACCUGAUCCCCUCCAUAUCAGACAAAAUGAUCCACGAACUUUUCAGCACUGCUGGAGAGAUUCACAGUGUAAAAGUACUGCGAAACAAGCGAUGUGCCUUCAUCAACUACAUCAACAAGGAGGACUGCGAAAAAGCCAUCCUUAAAACGAAUGGGAAGGUUAUACAAGGGACCACCCUUUUGGUGCGGUAUCCUGAUAAGAUCCACGCAGACCUGGGUGUGUCCAAGUCGGCCAAACAAGACCCGCCUGCCAAGGCCUUGAAGAAGACUGUCGCCCCAACCACGAAAAAGUCCUCUGAUGAGUGUUUCUUCUGGAGGACCACUGGUUGCACUAAGAAAGAGAGCUGCACGUACCAGCACAUUCCCAAAAACAAAGGCAUUGACAGGGGACAGGACAAGAGUGCAUCAUGAGCUGCUGUAAUCUUAGCCUUCCACAAAUGCAGCCUGCAUCAGUGCUCAUCUGAGAAGUGUGGGGUCAAGUGGUCAUGGCCAAGUGUCUGCUCUCAUUUUUUCUUUUAUUUUCUUUUACCUGCAAAAAUCACUGAUGCCAUCCAAGACCUCAGAAGUGGUGUACCCAGAAUGAUAAAUGGGUUAGAGAAGCACGUUUCAGUUCUGUUCCUGUCUACUUGCUGGUGCACAUUUCCUCAGAUUCUCCGGUGGUUUAAUUGGUCAGGUUUGCGGCUUUGCAAUAUUACGUAAUGCGCCCAGGCAAUUGAAGGCAUCUUUGAAAGGGGAAAAUAGAACGUCUUGUAACAUGCUCAUUUGUGGAAAUUGAAUUUUUAAAAAUAUAAAUGUGAUUUCUCAAAGGACAAAGGUAGUUAAAGGACACUAAAGUCAAUUACAAUACCGUUGGAACUUAUGUGUGUAAUUACCCGAAGGACAGGGGUUCUUCUUACCAUAAAAGCAGAGUUAUCAAAGGGAUGUUUAAGGGCACCUGAAUUAAAGGACUGCUUCUUAAAUAGUUACCAAUUAUUUACCAUAUAGUGAUCAUUUAAU